GUUUCACCCGGACAGCUUUAGAUAACGAACCAUGGAGUGUGAAGGUAACUACGUGAAGGCUGGAAGAAGGAGUAAAGAAGAGAAGAAAGUGUUCAGAAAACAGCUCAGAGCCAGUCACACUUUACUGAAACAUGAAGGCAUUAGGACAACACGGCAGCCUACCAAAAGUUUGGUUGUGGCUAAUGGCGGUCUGGGAAAUGGAGUCAGUCGUGAGGAGCUCUCUGCUGUGCUCAGAGAGAUGGGAGCGAUGGAGAACCUGGUCAUGCCUCCACACAAGCCCUUCGCGUUUGUCACCUACAGAUGUGAAGAGGAUGCUACGAACGCCCACACCCGGCUGAACGGGCAGAAGCUGCUGUGUGCAGAGAACAGCGUUGUGCUCUACCUCAGUUAUGUCAACUCAGUAACCCACCAGAAGGCAGUGGCUGAGACUUUGCCACAGGGAUUAGUCUUGGUGGAAGACUUUGUGUCUCCAGAGGAAGAGGCUCAGCUGCUCGCUGCCGUGGACUGGUCAUCUGCUCAUGAAGAUGUCUCAGGUUCAGCUCAAAAAGCUUUGAAGCACAGGAGAGUCAAGCAUUACGGUUUUGAAUUUCGCUACGAUAACAACAAUGUGGACAAGGACAAGCCGUUGCCUGCAUGUCUUCCUGGGGAGUGCUUACCUGUUUUAGAGCGCUGUUUGAGGGAUGGACACAUUAACAUCAUGCCAGAUCAACUGACCAUUAACCAGUACGAGUCUGGUCAGGGUAUUCCUCCUCAUGUGGACACUCACUCUGCUUUCGAGGACACCAUCCUCUCCUUGAGUUUGGGUGCAAAGGCGGUGAUGGAGUUCCGCCACCCGGACGGCCGUGUUGUUGCCGUGGUGCUGCCGAGUCGGAGCCUGCUGGUGAUGAAGGGAGAGAGCAGAUACCUUUGGACUCACGGGAUAACUCCGCGGAAGUUCGACCUGGUGCCGGCGUGUGAGUCGCAGUCUGCCGCUCUGGCUUCUCCUGACGUGAGGACCCAGAGCGGUCUCACUUUGAGCAAAAGGGGCACGCGCACUUCUUUCACUUUCCGCAAGAUCAGACAUGAACGCUGCCGCUGUGCCUUCCCUUCUGCCUGCGACAGUCAGAGAACAACCUCACCCUCUCCAGCAUCUCCCCCGUCACUUCCCUGUUGUCGUGCCGACGCAGCCCUUUUGGAGGAGGAGUAUGUGCACCGGGUGUACGACGCCAUAGCCUCCCACUUCAGCAGCACCCGCCACUCUCCCUGGCCUCACGUUUGCCAAUUCCUGAAUUUGCUGGCACCCGGGAGUGUGCUGGCCGACGUGGGCUGUGGAAACGGGAAGUACCUGGGCGUGAACCCUGAGCUGGUCGCAGUGGGAUGUGAUCGCAGCGGCGCUCUUGUCCAGAUCUGUGCAGACAGGGGCUUCCAUGCAUUUGUAUCGGAUGCUCUCAGCGUCCCCCUCCGAACAGCCUCCUGUGACGCUUGCAUCUCUAUAGCAGUCAUACACCAUUUCUCCACCCAGGAGCGUCGGCUGGCAGCGGUGAGGGAGCUCGUUAGGCUCCUUAAGCCUGGAGGUCAGGCGCUCGUGUAUGUUUGGGCUUUUGAACAAGAAUACAACAAACAGAAAUCCAAAUACCUGAAAGACCACAACAGAGACAGCAGCCCCACGCAGAAUUCAUCUAAGAAGACCCAGGAACCCCACGGAGAACCGGACACUCAAAGGCACAGCUACUACCCCGCUGAAGACAAGCUUAGUGUUCACACCAACCGCACAGCCUUUAAUUCACAGGACCUUUUGGUUCCCUGGCACCUAAAAGAAGGGAACAAGCAAGAUGGGAAAGAUUCAUCCUGCAGGUUAAGUUCCAGGACCGACCCACGUCCUGGUUGUGACUCCAGUAGGGAAGCCACACACAACCCAGACUCUAAACCAUGCAGUGACACAUCUGGUUGUAGCUCUGCACCCGUUUUUCACCGCUACUAUCACGUCUUCCAGCAAGGAGAGCUGGAGCAGCUGUGUUCUCAGGUAGCUGGAGUCAAAGUGAAGAGCAGCUACCACGACCAGGGAAACUGGUGUGUGGUGUUGGAGAAGGACCCAUCAUUACAAAUGAUUUAAAGUCCAAUAAACACAUUUUAAAAUGCAGACUUGGCCAAUUAAAUAAUUACUAAGUUAAAUGAGUUGCUGUGUUUGAAGAAGCUCUAAUUGUAGUGAUAUAAAUUUGAAGAUCUCUUAAUCCAUCAGAGCAAUAGUUACGCUUCUGAAUUGGCACUUUGGUCAUCUUGUUACUGUUUCAGUACAUCUAGGGGUGCAUCAGUUGCUUAAAAUAUGGACCGGAAAUAAAAAAUUGAUCUUGGA